GAUCUGGCGGCGAGGUGAGGCCAAGCGCAAGCGGGCUCCUCUCGUCUCCCUCCCGUCCCGUGCGCCGUGACGCUGGGAAUCAUCUCGAAACCUCUUUCUCGUUCUCUUCCGUUUCGAAGGGUGGGCGCGCGCGAAGCGAGCGGGCGAAGCGGCGUCGGCGAGCGAGGAGGGAUGCCAGGCGGCAGGAGGAGGGGGCCUCUGUGGAGCCUCCCGAUGGCGAGGUCGGAUGCGCUCGGAAAUCUGGGCCCCGCCUUCGGCAUCGGCGCCGGCUGCGGCGUGGGCGUGGGCGUCGGCCUCAUCGGCGGUGCAGGAAUUGGAGCUGGAUUCCCUGGUUUACAAUUGGGAUUCGGAGCUGGUGCUGGAUGUGGAAUAGGAAUAGGUUUUGGUUAUGGUUUUGGAAAAGGCGUUGCAUAUGAUGAAAGCGGGAGAUAUUCAAACAUUAGGAGACCAUUUCAGAACUCCAGAAACCUUCCUUACGAUGAACAGUUUGAUAUCCUGUUUGACGAGUUGAUGGAGAGCACCAGGAAGCUGAUCAAAGCAACAUCAAAGGAGAUAGACAAAUGGAGGCGGAUGUAGAGCAAACAGCAUAGGAACUGCUCAUAUUCAGGACCAGAAGUUCUCGCGGCAUUGCACGUGCCUAUGUGGAACCAAAAUGAACUUUUUUUGCUUGUUUACUGCUACAGCGAGUAUUUUCAGAGAUUCAUGAGACAUGCCACCCGAUACUCUGCCCCGUUGGUGCUCACAAGGAUUAAGUUUUCAGUCAUGUGCUAGGAUGCGACACCAUGCGAUUGCGACGCCGUCUGGAAUUGAAAUAUCAGCACGAUGUCGCCGUCAAAUACUCUAUGCUCUUCUGGAGAGCGCUAUUUCAUAUCGAAAUAUCUCGCAGAGCGUUGCCUCAAAUCUUGUACUCCUAUAUUUUUUUUGCGCCCAUAUGUUGACCGAAACUAAUUGUUUGCAUCUUGUCAGCUCAAGCAUGCUGUUUUUUUUGUUUAAUAAGCUUUCUACUUUGCCGAAGGA